AUGCCUCGGGCGCAGUUCAAUGUGGCCGUAACCUUUGACAGACAAAGAAUAUCAUCCUGCAACUGCACUUGCUCCUCAACAGCUCAUUGGUGUUCCCACAUUGUUGCUGUCUGCCUUUACAGAAUACAUCUUCCAACUCAAGUGUGCUUGAGAGCACCAGUGUCGGAAUCAUUGCAGCGGUUACGAAGAGAUCAGCUGCAGAAGUUCGCACAAUAUUUAAUAUCAGAGUUGCCGCGGCAAGUUUUGCCAACGGCUCAACGUAUUUUGGACGAACUUCUGUCUGCGCAGCCGAACACAAUAAACACGACAUGCGGUGCACCCGACCCUACAGCCGGGGCUUCGGCUUACGAGUACACAUCCUGGUUCCUUGACGAGAAGACAUUACAUAACAAUAUUAACAAGAUUUUAGUCAAGUUCUGUGUUCCAACGCCUAUAGUAUUUAGUGACGUCAACUAUCUAAGUACAAGCGCGCCUCCCGCUGCGGCAGAAUGGUCGUCGUUGCUGAGGCCACUACGAGGCAGGGAGCCAGAAGGCAUGUGGAACUUACUCUCUAUAGUCAGAGAGAUGUUCAAGAGAAAUGACAGAAAUGCUAUACCUCUUCUGGAAAUUAUUACUGAAGAAGUUAUGGCCUGUGAACAGAUUAUAGUAUGGUGGUACACAACUAAAGCUGCUUUAGUAGCAUGGGGCAACAACGGAGGUGGCGGCAAGCAUGGCGGUGGUGGUGGGAAUUCUGCCGCUCAACAUGCCUGCUCAUCACUGUGUGACGAGGUGGUUGUAUUGUGGCGUUUGGCUGCUUUAAACCCAGCUUUAGCACCUCACGAACGUGACACACUACACGAACAAUUUGCACAAUGGCACAUGAAAGUGCUUGAUAAGGUGGCGAAGAGUCGUAAUACUCAUAUACCAGCAAGUUCGUCGUCACACAGUCGUCACUCGUCGCGUUCUCACUCACAUUCUCCUUACAUCAACGGCAUAAGUGAGAACGAAGUUUUUCCCGGCUUUCACCCAGCAAUGGAAGCUUGCUUCUUAGAGUGGGACGACUAUCAGAUACCGGGCGUCACAUAUACUAAAGACUUGAACCCCCUUUACCAUAGCCCUUUCACUAUCUUCAGACAUGCGGACAAGCAGAAUGAUAGUGUGCAUCAGGUAAAUUCGUCUAAAGCAGUGUUGAAUAACGAGAUGUCACUAAGUUAUAGACUUACGAAUCCUGAUCCCUCUCUGCACGGCCAUCGUACUACUGUUCUUAGAAAUAGUCAUAUUGCAGUUGACUUAGCGAUUCCUGGCCCAUCAAGUCAGCCUUGUGGAUCUGAGGAAGGACCUAGUGAUCCACCACGCGACUCUGGACCCAGCGAUGGCAACCACUCUAGUGUCUCGUCUGAAGGUUUCUGUGAGAACGAAGAGGAAAUCCUACAGCAGAGUGGUGGUGACACAGACUCUCAGGAGUCAAGUUCUCCCCCCAUAUCGUCUGAUGACGCUCAACGUCGCGUUUCUAACGAUGAGUCAGUUUCCGAUGAUGACUGUAACUUGUACUUCUACGACACUGCUGCUGCCAGGAGGGCAGUGGCCGACGAGGGAACUAGCUCAGGAACCGUUGUUUCGGUGGGUGCAAGCAGUUCUUGCGGCAUGGGCUGGGCGUGCGGGUGGGAGGGGUCAUUCGCCCGCGCCGAGGGCCUGCACGCGCACGGGCACGCGCGCGAUGCCUGCGCCCUGGGCGCGCGCCUGGCGCGGGAGCUGCUGGCGCGGCCGCCGGCGCUGGGCGGCGCCAACAUGCUGCCGUCCCUGGACCCGAAGAAGCCGCGGCGGCGCCACACGCCGAGCCCUCGCCUGUGCGCCGCCAGUCACCGCCUGUCGUGCCUGGCCUCGGCCACUCUGGCCAAGUGCGCCUUCCUCUGCACGACGUUGGCGCGGCCGGUCCCGCUGGGCGGCGUGCAGCGCGGGCAGUAUGACCCGAGACGGCCGAGACUUCGGUUUACGUUCAGCCCUAGACUGGCUACGCAUCGCCUCUUAUGUUUUACUUCCGCGACGCUCUCAAAGUGCGCCUUCCUCGGCACUGUAUUAGCAGAAUUCAGCGAACACCACGAGCUUGCCUUCCGGGUAGGUCUGUUUGCACUUGAAAUGGCUCGACCUCCGGCGAGUACUAAGGCUUUGGAAGUAAAACUAAAUAACCAAGAAACGGAGUUGGUGUCUCUACUGAAGAAACUUCCGACUGGCGCCGAACAAUUGGCUUUAGCUCGAGAGAAAGCCGAGCAACUGCGCGACGGUACGCUAAGAUCAUUGAAAUUUCGUAGGAACCGCGGACCAGCACUGCUGCCAAUAGCGUUAGCGAGCUUCCUAUUCGAUGUGUUGGUUUUAUCUGCUACUGAUAAAGAGAAUAAACAUCCCGCAAGGUCGCCAAAUGAUGAAACACUAGGCUUCGAAGCUGCUGUUGCAGCUUUAGGUCUAAAAGCCAAUGUAUCCGAAGCAGAUCAUCCUCUACUAUGUGAGGGAACGAGAAGACAGCGUGGAGAGUUGUCUCUCACGCUUUUGUCUUUCUACAAAGAUGAUCCUGUCAAACUUGCUAGGAUUAUGAACAAAUUGCUGGACCGCGAGAUCCACCAGUUGACGAAGAGUCCGAUGGUGAGCCUGUACUACAUGAACAACCCGCGCCUGGCCGCCUACCGCGCGGACGUCGCGCCGCACCCCGCCUUUGCACCGCUCCCAGCGCACGCGCCCAAUACUAUGCCACCUCAGGCGGUGUGCCUGAGCGCGGAGUUGGAGCGGCUGGUGGUGACGGAGGACGGGACGUCGCCUCCCGCGCACUCGUCGCUCGCGUCCCAUGCGUCUCAUGCGUCCCAUGCGUCGCACGCGUCUCACGCGUCGCACGCGUCUCAUGCGUCGCACGUGUCACAUGCGUCUCACGCGUCACACGUGUCGCAUGCGUCUCACGCGUCGCACGUGUCUCACGCGUCCCACGCGUCCCACGUGUCGCAUGCGUCGCACGCCUCGCACGCGUCCCACGCGUCGCAUGCGUCCCACGCGUCGCACGCAUCGCACGCGUCUCAUACGCCGCAUCCUGUGCCCCACGCUUCUUCCACGCACACGCCUAUCUCCAGGGCCAAGGAUUCCAGAUAUAAAGGCAAGCGCCAGUACCCUUCGGUGCCCAACCAGCCAUCCGAAGCUUCCGCGCACUUUAUGUUCGAGUUGGCCAAAUCUGUACUGUUCAAAGCUGGUGGGUCAUCCAGCACUAGUUUGUUUACACAACCCUCGUGUGCAAGGGAACACCAUGGACCUCACAGAGGUUUACACAUGGCCGCGUUUCAGUUGGGGCUUUACGCCCUCGGCCUACAUAACUGUGUGAGUGCGAAUUGGCUCAGUCGCACUUAUUCAUCUCACGUUAGUUGGAUUACAGGUCAAGCGAUGGAUAUUGGCGCACCUGCUAUUUUAUUCCUGAUUGACGCAUGGGAAGGACAUUUAACCCCGCCUGAAGCUGCUAGUAUCGCUGAUAAAGCGUCUUCAGGCCGCGACGUGCCUACAGUCCGCGCGGCGGCAGAGCUGGCCCUGUCGGUGCUGCCUCACGCGCAUGCGCUCAACUACAACGAGAUACAGCGUGCCGUAUUGCAAUGCAAGGAACAAAGCGAUUCCAUGCUCGAGAGGGCUUGUCUUACUGUUGAAGCUGCCGCUAAAGGUGGUGGCGUGUAUCCCGAGGUAUUGUAUACAGUGGCCCGCUACUGGCACGAGCUUUACCUCCGACAGGCCAACGAGGAGACCGAGCCAUUACUCGACGAGCCACAGUACCGCGCCCAGCCACCGCCCCUCGCCGUACCAGUACCCUACCCCAUUCCCUACCCAUUCACGUACCAUCCAUACCCGCCCACCAUCUACCAGCUUCCGUACGCAGGCACAGGUCCUCCACAUCCUCCGCCGCAGUACGCGCUGCCGCCGUACUUUGUCCGUGGUAUAGUGGCGCCGGCCGCCGCGCCCGCGCUCGCGCAGCACCCGCAGCACCAGCAACACGCGGCGCUCCCGCAGCACGCGCAGCUCCCGCAGCACGCGCAGCAUCAACCGCUACAGCAACACGCGCAGCACGCGCCGCUACAGCAACACCCCCAGCAUCAAGCGCUGCAGCAACACCAGCCACUACAAGCACACCAACCACUGCAACCUCACCAGCCGCUGCAACAACAUCAACCGUUACAGCAACACCCGUCACUACAAACACUACCGCAACCGCUGCAACAACACCCACAGCCGUUGCAGCAACACCCGCAACCGUUGCAGCAACACCCACAGCCGCUGCAGCAACACCCGCAGCCACUGCAGCAACACCCACAGCCUCUGCAGCAACAUCCUCAACCGCUACAGCAGCAUCCGCAACCGAUACCACAUCCACAACCGAUGCAACACCAACCGAUGCAGCAUCCAGCCCUCGCCCAGCACCCGCCCAUGGCGCAACAUGUUACACAUGCCACCCCGAUACCACAAACUAUAACAGUCAAUGCUACUGUUCAUCAAGUUCACCCAGCCCCAAUCCCGCCGCCGCUACCAGGGCCGCAGCAGAUGGUGCCAGUGGCGGGUGUGUCGGGCAGCGCAGUGAGCGUGGCCAGUGUGGGCGGCGUGGGCGGCGUGGGCGGCGUGGCGGGCGUGGGCGCGGGCGCGCAGGCCGGCGCGCAGCCCGCCGCGCCCAACGUCAACCAGACGCAGCUGCGGCGGCUGCUCGCUGCCUACCGCGUCGGAAUGUUGGCCUUGGAGACGCAAGCACGCCGCGUACAUGAUGAUCGUCCACAAAAUAAGUUUGGCAGGAACCCGCCAUACGGCGAGCACGUGAAGUGGCUGCUCCGUAUCUCGAAGCGGCUGGGCGCGCAGUACCUGCACCAGUUCUGCGUGUGCGCGGUGAACUCGGUGGUGUCGCCCUUCGUGCUGUACGAGCUGUGCGUGGAGUCGGCGCACUGGCUGGCGCGCGGCGGCCCGCACCACCUCGUCAUGCAGCACCUGCGCGGCACGCUCGCGCCGCUCGUGCAGAAGUGCCAGCAAAUGUACAUUCAAUGCAUCCAUCAAAAGCUAUACCACCUAACUACAGUGGAAUAUGAAGAGUUCGUGAGCAUCGUAUUGUCGGCCCGCACCGCCUUCCAGCUCACGCCUGAAGGAAACACACAGUUCAAGGAGUGGCUCGCUUCACUGCGCAGGUCAAAAUCGUGCAAGAAAGAUCUGUGGACGCAGCUGAACGCAGCUCUGCAGACAAAUGGCAAAUGA